AUGCAUCUGUGGAAUUAUACCAGACAAUUGGAUGCCGCGAAGCGCAUGAUUUAUCUAGCUUCUCCAAGGGGCGGAUCGAUCAUUACUGGUAUGCACUUAGGAAGCCACAAUGCAAAGCUAUGGACAGAUCUACUGCCCGAAUUUAAAACCAUGUUUCUUCACAACAAGGAAACCUUAUCGAAGCUAUGGACGCAAGCUAGUACUGGCACUGGGACACGCUGGAAGUUUGAAUGUGCUAUAGAGGAAGAUGAGAAUUCCAAAUUCCUCGGUUCGGAUGGCUGUCGGUUGCGAUGGGCUCAAUAG